GGCCUGCUUGUGGCACUGAGUGGUGUGUUGCCCCAGUGAGGCCUGUGCUGUUAUCAAUGUGCUGUCUGUCUGUGUGACCUGGGCCUGUCUGUCUGUCUGUCUGUCUGUCUGUGUGGCCUGCCUGUCUGUGUGGCCUGGGCCUGUGUGGCUUAGGCCUGUCUGUCUGUGUGGCCUGGGCCUGUCUGUCUGUGUGGCCUGGGCCGGAUGUGACAGUCAGGCUCCACAGGAACCUAGAGCUCUGCUGCCUUUCUGCUUGACCAGCUGUUCCCAACUAGCUGUAGCUACUGGCAGCCUGGGUUGAUCUGUUCACGGCUAGUUCUACUGUCCAUGUGGUAUUAGCUAGUGAAUGACAGUAGCACUCAACAGCUCUGGAGACUUCGGCAUGUUUUACAUCCAUCUACUUCCUAGCCUUUCUUCAUUUUAACAUCAACGAUUUGACAGGUUUCAUAUCACAGCAAGAAUUCACACUCACAUUGUUCCAGAUCAUUCUAUCAUCACAUCAUUCUAAUAUACGUAGUUAAACUCAGUCUUUCAUCAUGGCUUGCAUACUGUUGAUGUUGGCUUGUGUUUUCAGUUCCAUGUACAAUGUUACCAUCACCACCUGUGGUUUUCUCUGAAUCCCUCUACGAAGUUAAUCUUAUGUGACAUAGUCAUUUAAUGUUCUGUGUGUUUAUUUGAUGAGUGGUGGUAUUAAAGGGUCAGUGCUUUUUGCAAAUGGAGCUUUGUGUUGCUAUUGUCCCUAGGGCAGGUAAACUAACCUCAGGUAAACUAAUGAUGACAGGUAAACUAACCUCAGGUAAACUAACCUCAGGUAAACUAAUGAUGACAGGUAAACUAACCUCAGGCAAACUAAACUCAAGCAAACUAACCUCAGGUAAACUAACCUCAGGUAAACUAAUGAUGACAGGUAAACUAAUGUCAGGCAAACUAAUGAGGACAGGUAAACUAACGUCAGGCAAACUAAACUCAGGCAAACUAACCUCAGGUAAACUAACCUCAGGUAAACUAAUGAUGACAGGUAAACUAACCUCAGGUAAACUAACCUCAGGUAAACUAACCUCAGGUAAACUAAUGAUGACAGGUAAACUAACGUCAGGCAAACUAACCUCAGGUAAACUAACCUCAGGUAAACUAAUGAUGACAGGUAAACUAAACUCAGGUAAACUAAACUCAGGUAAACUAACCUCAGGUAAACUAACUUCAGGUAAACUAAUGAUGACAGGUAAACUAACGUCAGGUAAACUAACCUCAGGUAAACUAAUGAUGACAGGUAAACUAACCUCAGGCAAACUACACUCAGGUAAACUAAACUCAGGUAAACUAAUGAUGACAGGUAAACUAAACUCAGGUAAACUAAACUCAGGUAAACUAACCUCAGGUAAACUAACCUCAGGCAAACUACACUCAGGCAAACUAACCUCAGGUAAACUAACUUCAGGUAAACUAAUGAUGACAGGUAAACUAACGUCAGGCAAACUAAACUCAGGUAAACUAAACUCAGGUAAACUAAUGAUGACAGGUAAACUAAACUCAGGUAAACUAAACUCAGGUAAACUAACCUCAGGUAAACUAAUGAUGACAGGUAAACUAACGUCAGGUAAACUAAACUCAUAUAAACUAACCUCAAGUAAACUAAUGAUGACAGGUAAACUAACGUAAGGCAAACUAAACUCAGGUAAACUAAACUCAGGUAAACUAACCUCAGGUAAACUAAACUCAGGUAAACUAACAUCAGGCAAAAUAACCUCAGGUAAACUAAUGAUGACAGGUAAACUAACCUCAGGUAAACUAAUGAUGACAGGCAAACUAACCUCAGGUAAACUAAUGAUGACAGGCAAACUAACGUCAGGUAAACUAACCUCA